AUGCCGGCGCUCUCAGUUCUUGGAUGCCCUGUUCAGCGCCUUGCAAUGGAUGAACACACUGGACCGGACUGCUCUGUUACAAUGGCGUCGUCAUCGGGCGACAUUCCGGAACUCAAUCGUUUGGUUGAAUUGAGGGCCUUGUACUUGUCCGGCAAUCAAUUUUCCGGCGAAAUCCCGCCUUAUUAUUUUAGUGAAAUGGUGUCGUUGAAGAAAGUUUGGUUGUCGAACAACAAGUUCACUAGGAGCAUCCCGCUUUCGCUCGGUCAGUUGCCUCGUCUCGUCGAAUUACGACUCGAAAACAAUCAAUUCAGAGGACUUAUCCCGGCUUUUUAUCGUCCGAAUUUGAACUACAUCAAUUUAUUGAACAACAAACUCGUGGGGGACAUUCCUUUUCGAUUAUCGAAAUUCAAUGAGAGCUCAUUCGCAGGGAAUCCGAGUCUUUGCGGGAAGAAUUUGUGUGUUGAAUGUGCCAAACCAGUAGAGAAUUCGACCGCAUUGAAGACGGAUCCAGACGAGGCUGUUAUGAAACCUAAUAAAAGAAGUUCCCAAAAGUAUCUUGCUGCAUUCAUAGUGUUAGGAAUGAUGCUAAUAACAGUGAUUAUCUUAGCUGCAAUUGGAUGGAUGAAGAAAAAGAAAAAGGAUACCAAAUUCUUAAGUUAG